CCAAACGAAAUACACAAGACUUAACCAAUAUGAAACGAAAAUUGUGUUUCAACAAACAACACUUAAUUCACAAAUACGUUGAUAAAGACUGCAAUCCAAAUAAUAUAAAUAUGAUCACUAAAUAGCUAAGUAGGAAUAAAAUAAAACAAGAGAGGAAAAGGAGAGAGAAGUCUACUAAGUCAUGAGUACUAGAAGAAAUCUCUACCCUUCCUUCGACGACUGUCAAGCUGACAGCAUUCAUGUCAAGAACACUGAUAGUGAUAACGAAAGGGAACUUGAUAGUUCACCAAUGGCUUCCAAAAUCAAUGAAUUAAAUCAAAGAGUUGAGUUAAUUGAAUUGAAUAUUGCAUCCGGAUUUAAACGACUAGAACGAAUGCUUGAAAGUGUAUUAACUCGUAACGAACGGCCGGAAAUCGGUUAUCCACGGUCACAACA